AUGAUGUCCAAGACGCUUUUCGCCCUUCUCGUUCUCUUCUCCAUUUCGGUCUCAAUUCUCGCCGAGUUACACGAAUACGAGCGAUUCGAGGGAAAUUUGCAAGGAUCUAAGUCCUUGCCGAUUCGCGGGAAACGUGAUCAAAACACCAUCUACAGCGGGCUUGUGGUCGUCGGCAGCUUCGUGCUCGUGAAUGCCAUCAUAUGUUGUCUGCUGCUGUGCUGUGUAUGCGGAGGAGGGAUCGGACUUUACCUAGCAUCCACAAAAAGAAAGCACGAAAUCAUCAACAACUAUGUCAGCGAGAGAAUCAAGAAAGAUGAUGAGAAGCGCAUGGAAUCACUAGACUUCAAGCGAGCACAAUCAACAGGUAUUCGAGGACUUCUGCUUUCA